UCCCGUGAGCAUGCGCAGUUGGUGUAAACAGGAAGAACCGACGAAAAACCAGGGCAAAUCUACCAGAGACAGAGGAAGAUGGUCGGACAAAAACGAACAAACGACUUGUUUUUUCUCGUUUAUUAACAAACAGAAAUGUUGCCCUGUACCGAAUGAUAAUAUUUUCGUAAGGUCUUGUUGAAGCAGUCGCUAAAUUUCCGACAACUUUGACAGACUCGCUAAUACGGUACGCUAGCUAACGUCAGACAGACGGUGACGAUUUACCGUUUUUCCUGCAGGUUUAGCUAAUUUGUGGUCUUGACUAACGCGAACGCACAUUUGAAAAUAACGCGGAACUCUCAGUAUUUGGUGGCUUGUCGUUGCACCGAGAGAAAUCUCUGACAAUGGUUCAAAAAGAUAAGACGCUUGAGCCGCCUCCAGUGGACGGAGAGCAGAGCCCCAGCCCAGUCUCCGGAGAGGCUUGUGCCGAGGCCCCUGGCCCGGUGGAACAGUCCGGCAUUGCAGUCGAACCGACCGGACACCGAAAAUUCAUAAGUGGAGUCGUGGAAGGCUUUUAUGGUCGGCCAUGGACAAUGGAGCAGAGGAAAGAGUUGUUCAGAAGGCAGCAGAAAUGGGGACUGAAUACAUACCUUUAUGCACCCAAAGAUGACUACAAGCACAGAAUGUUCUGGAGAGAGCUGUACUCAGUGGAAGAAGCAGAACAACUCAUGACUUUAAUUGCUGCUGCUAAGGAGCAUGGGAUAGAGUUCAUCUAUGCCAUUUCCCCCGGGCUGGACAUCACCUUCUCCAAUCAGAAAGAGGUUUCUGCACUCAAGAGGAAACUUGAUCAGGUUACGCACUUUGGCUGCAAGUCAUUUGCCUUACUUUUUGAUGAUAUUGACCACAACAUGUGCCCUGCUGACAAGGAGGUGUUCAGCUCAUUUGCACACGCUCAGGUUUCCAUAACCAACGAAAUCUACCAGUACCUUGGAGAGCCUGAAACCUUCCUCUUCUGUCCCACAGAGUACUGCGGAACAUUCUGCUACCCAAAUGUCCCUCAGUCUCCCUACCUCCACACAGUAGGAGAGAAGCUGCUGCCUGGCAUCGACGUGUUAUGGACAGGCCCCAAGGUGGUGUCCAAAGAUAUCACAGUGGAGUCUAUUGAGGAAGUGUCAAAAAUCCUAAGAAGAGCUCCAGUGAUCUGGGACAACAUUCAUGCCAAUGACUACGACCAGAAGAGGCUUUUCUUGGGUCCAUACAAAGGCCGCUCCACAGAGCUCAUCCCCAGGCUGAAAGGAGUUCUCACCAACCCAAACUGCGAGUUUGAGUCCAACUUUGUGGCAAUCCACACCCUGGCCACCUGGUAUAAGUCUAAUAUGAAUGGGGUGCGCAAGGAUGUGGUAAUGACUGAUGGUGAGGACAGCACGGUGUCCAUCCAGAUCAAGUUAGAGAACGAGGGCAGUGAUGAAGAACUAGAGACCGACAUGCUCUACAGCCCGCAGCUGGCUCUAAAACUGGCUCUCACAGAAUGGCUCGGGGAGUUUUGUGUUCCUCAUCAAUACAACAGCCGACAGGUGCCUCAGAGUGGUGCCAAAAGCACAGCCAUCGAUGUGUCAUCCAUGGCUGCUCCCUCUCUCUGCUCUUCCACAACAGUCACAACUGUGUUCCAGCAGCCCAUAAUGUCUCCAGCCAUGCCACCUCUGUGUCUGGAUCCACUUGCACACCCCUUGGCAAAAAUACCUCAGGAGGAAGAGGAGGUGGAGGUGGAGAAGAAGGAUUCAGAUGAAGAGCCCAUGGAGAUGGUGGUUGAGAAGAUGGUGGAUGAGCCAGAGGCAGAGGCUAACCCGGAGGAGAAGCAUGAUGGUCCUGUCUUAGCUGACAAGAUGGCUGAAGACCUGAAGCCCAUGGAUACAGACAAGGAGAGUCUGGCAGAGUCAAAGUCCCCUGAAGAGUCUAUUCAGGAGGACUCUGGGAGCGAUAUCGCCCCUAUGCAGACAGAUGAUCAGCUCAAACAGGUGGCGCAAACAUUUGAUGUGUUUGUGCCUGGGCCCAAUGAGAAGCCCCUGUUCACAGCAGAGCCCCUCACAGUUGAUGACCUGAGCUUGCUGGCGGAGCUCUUCUACCUGCCUUAUGAACAUGGAAACAAGGCCGUGCAGAUGUUGAAGGAGUUUAACUGGCUGAGAGCUAACAGCAGCGUCGUCAGUGUCAACUGCAAGAGAAAGGAGACUGAGAAGGUAGCAGAAUGGCAGUCAAGGGCAGAGAAGUUCGAGGAGAUGUGCUGCUCAGUCAUCCAGAUGUUCACACGGCUGUCCAAUUCAGCCAACCGCACCAUCCUCUACGACCUCUAUCCUUACAUCUGGGACAUCAAGAGCAUCAUUUCUAUGGUCAAGUCUUUUGUCCAGUGGCUAGAUGGAAGAAUCCACAGUACAAGUUUCUACUGCUUUUGGAUCGACAGUGGCCGAUGGUGUCGUAGUCAGUCCUCAGCACAAUUCCUUAGAGGAGACCAAGAGCCCUGGGCCUUUAGGGGAGGUCUAGCAGGAGAGUUCCAGAGAUUGUUGCCAAUAGAAGGGGCAAACGAUCUUUUCUACCAACCUCCACCUUCAAUGCCAACGUCCAAACUCUAUUCCAUAAGGCCGUACUUUCCCAAAGAUGAGGCUGCGGUUUAUAAAAUCUGUAAAGAAAUGUACUGUGAAGGACUGGAGGACAUUCCUUUCUCUGAUGAUGAUCCAGACCUCAUAGGGGACAGGUUAGUCGGUGGUCUUCUGACACUGAGUUCAGAGUAUGGCUUUGUGCUGGAGGAUGAUGAAGGGAUUUGCGGUUAUGCUCUCGGUACCGUGGAUGUCAAGCCCUUUAUCAAGAAAUGCGAGAUGAGCUGGAUUCCCUUCAUGCAGGAAAAAUACAACAAACCUGACUGUCAGAAGGACCUCACAGAGGCUGAGAAGAUGAUGCUGAGUUUCCAUGAAGAGGAGGAGGGCCUUCCAGACUCUUUCCUCUCCAACUUCCCCUCUCUGAUCAAGGUCGACAUUCACGGCAAGGUCACUGACCCCAGUGUGGCCAAAAGCAUGAUGGGAUGUCUUCUAUCCUCUCUCAAGGCUAACGGGUCCCUUGGUGCAUUCUGUAAGGUUCGUCAGACUGACAAGAGAAUGUUGGACUUCUAUAGUAAGCUGGGAUGCUUUGAAGUGGCCAAAAUGGAGGGCUUUCCCAAAGACAUCAUCAUUAUGGGACGCAGCCUAUGAAGAACCAUCAUCCAACAAUAACAGACAGAGAGGGAGAUGGCAAUUCAACAUGGCUCAAACAUGUUUGCUACCUUCAUGAGAACAACUUCCAUGAUGAUUUUAUACUACAUCACCAUCUGGGCUAGCCCCAGGAAACCUCUUUUUAGGAUUUGUGUACAGAAGCACAGCAGAUGCACACACAGGUUCCUUGCGCUGCCCUUAGAUGUUGUGGCUCUGUUGGAUUUAGCAGAUCUAAAGCUAAAAGGCAGUGGAUGAUCUGUAGUCAGAUGAUUUGAGCCAACAUGGAAGAGUGGCACUCCAGCACUUAUUUCUGGGGUCCCACUACUCAUAUAUAUAUAUAUACCUCCAGGAGGCGGGAAGUAAUAACUCCAUAAGCCUUUUUUUCUGAUUUAAUCCAGUAGCCAUUACAUGGAUUUUGCCCGCAUGUCCUAAUGCAAAGUGUCUGUAUCUGAAAUGGAGGCAGAGCUGUGAAAUGAGGGCGGCCUGUAUCUCAGGUCUUACCAGCCGUACGUCCUGCUUUCCCAGCUUAAACAGAGAAAUAACACAGCUGUCGACAUAAGUAGGACACCUUUGUGCAGGAUGUGAGGUGCUAUGUGAGCAUUUGCCUUUCAUCAUCACAUCAUGGUAUUUCCAGUCACUCCACAAUGGACUCGGAGAAAGAGGCCUUUUAUGGUGGUGCAUUUCUAACAAAAAAAUGAUGUGAAAUGCUGAGUCUGCGCAAAUGAAAAAAAAAAUGAGUGGGAAAUUGUAGAUCUUGGGUUUGUGAAACUCUUAAAUAUAAGAUGGUCACAAACCAGCAAAGGAAAAGCAUUUGUUGAAGACUCAGCCAGGAGGUCUUCAGAGUUUCCAUUCAAGUACUAGUAGACAUUUGGAAUGCAACAGAAAAGCUUCCACAAGUUUACAAACCUGGUAUUAAACCUAGCACUUCGCUUGUGCCCUUUUUCUUUUUCUUUUUUUAUAAACCUGUAGUUUUUUUUUGUUUGUUUUGUUUUUCUAUUUUUCUUUUUUUUGCUCAUCCCCCUUUAAGCUCUUGCCUUUCAGUUCAUUGCCUUUUGUAUUUUAGGUUUAUAUUGCAGACCCUCGCAUCUUCUGUGUCAUGGUUUUGUAACACCAUUCAGACACAGCAAAAGGAGGGUCAUUUUGGACUUUGGCCUUGUUGUUGUUCCAAUUCCAGAGAUUUAGCCCGACAUUGACAGUCCACAUGUCCUAGUUUUGCCACAACAGAUCCCAGACUCCAGCACAGAGCUCCGUCAGCUGACGGAGAGGGGCGUGUCUGUCAGAGAAAUCUCGGACAGGCUUGUUAAGUUAUGUCUUACCAACGUUUGUUGCGUUUGAAUACAUUAGUUAAAAUGAAUAAGAUUCCUAAAGACGUGGGAGUCUCAGCCCUCCCAAUGUUCUAAAGCUGCUUAGUUUUUUAUUAACCACUAAUUCCAAACCUGACAUGUGAAGCAGCAGGUAAUCUGGGCUACAUUCAAGAGAUGUGCUGUGCUAAAAGUUAUAGCUUGCUUUAUCAUUGUUAAUAGAAAAGAAACUGUUUACAUCUGUCAUGUUGCAUCCCUCCCUGCUUUGCUUCAGCGUUGCACAAAUGAAUGUGUUCUAAGUUGAGCGCUCUUUAGUUUCAGAGAGGUUGUUAAUCCUGUCACCAAAGUGACUCCCACGCUGUUGAAGUGUAGUGGUGGGGGCUUGGAGCAGAAAUUCCUCUGCCUUUUCCUAUCUGUCCAUUGAAUGUUUUAUAUUCUGACACUUUUCCCAUUUGUUUUGUAAAUGUAUAUAGUUACAAAAAGAAAAAAAAGUACUUGGACUUAUUGAUGGGAGUGUUCUGUUCUGGUUACACAAGGAUCAUCAGUUGUUCUUCAGUAGCUGCCUGCCAGUGUGAUGUCUGGAUACUGUGUACAUUCAUAAUGUGCAUGAGGUGUAUUGGAUUUGCCGUGGCGGUCAUUAGAGAAACCUCAUCUCAUGCUACACAAAGGAAGAAGCAUGCCGUUCACCUCUGUGAGCAUAAUACUGUAGUUGGUGGACAGUCUGUAAGCACUGUCAAUCAUAAAGUGUUAUUAUUUUGUAUACCGUUAUUGAAACUAGCAAAAUUCUGGCCUUGUUACAACACCCUGUCCUCUACGGCCACCAUACCUGGCUGUCGACAAGGUGUGAAACUCACAAACAGUUCUUCUGUCCGUGUUUGGAAGUAACCGCAGAAUUGUCACGCUUGUGUUAAAUGGUUCAUUUUGCAAUUUGUGGAUGCUGGAGCCUUCUCGUCUGCCAACCAUGUUUGAUAGAAAUGGGCUCUGACUGAGAGAAAGGGCUCCAAUUGUACAUUUUGAUUAUCUGGUUUUAGGGUUGGGGGGGUAUAUCAUUGACAGUUUACCAUGUAAAAUUUGUAUGUAAGAUACAUAAGAUUAAAAAUUAAUAAACCAUAAUAAGUUAACUUUU